CUUCUCUCGGGCGUGUGCUUGUGGACCGCAUUUCAUCGUUCCCUGGAAUGCGGUGUGGUGACGUGGGAUUGCUACGAUAGAGAUGAUAGUGUGAUUAUACCCUCAGCAUUUCAACGAAGUGGUCAUUAGCGGAAACAAACCGUUGAAGCCGCGAGCAGGACCCAGUCCUCAAUGGUGCAAUUUUGACAGAGUCAUUCGGAGACUGACUGGCAUAUGUCGUAGGGCUCGAUAUACCUAACUUCGAAAGCCGCCUACAGUGACAAUCAAAAUGUUCAGCUGGCUGGACAACCAUGAAGAAAAGAAGAAGCAAGUGGAGGUGUACGAAACUGUAUUUGAAGGGCUGAAGAAAAUAUACAAGCAAAAGGUUUUGCCUCUGGAAGAAGCCUACCAGUUCCAUGAUUUUCACUCUCCAAAGUUAGAUGACCCGGACUUUGAUGCCAAGCCAAUCAUCAUGCUGGUAGGGCAGUAUUCAACUGGAAAGACUACCUUCAUCCGGUAUCUCCUUGAGAGGGACUUCCCUGGCAUCCGCAUAGGCCCUGAACCAACAACUGAUGGCUUCAUCGCUGUCAUGCAUGGAGACCAUGAUGGAAUAAUUCCAGGAAAUGCUCUUGUUGUGGACCCCAAGAAACCAUUCCGACCACUCUCCAAGUUUGGGAAUGCCUUCUUAAACAGGCUGCAGUGUUCAACAGUGGACUCUUCAGUUCUUCGCUCCCUGACAAUUGUGGACACGCCAGGCAUCUUGUCAGGUGAAAAGCAAAGAGUAGACAGAGGCUAUGACUUUGCAGGAGUGCUAGAGUGGUUUGCAGAGAGGGUGGACCGGAUCAUUCUGCUGUUUGAUGCACACAAGCUAGACAUCUCAGAUGAGUUCCGGAGGUCAAUUGAGGCUCUGAAAGGCCAUGACGACAAGAUCAGAAUAGUUCUGAACAAGGCUGACAUGGUGGACCAUCAGCAGCUGAUGAGAGUGUAUGGAGCCCUCAUGUGGUCACUGGGCAAGGUGAUCGCCACCCCUGAAGUGGCGCGAGUGUACAUUGGAUCAUUUUGGGACCAGCCUCUGCGAUAUGACUCAAACAGGAAACUGUUUGAAGCUGAAGCACAGGAUCUCUUCACCGAUCUGCAGUCAUUACCAAGAAAUGCUGCCCUCAGGAAGCUGAAUGACCUCAUCAAGCGUGCCAGGCUUGCAAAGGUGCAUGCCUACAUCAUCUCAGCUCUGAAGAAGGAAAUGCCUGCCAUGUUUGGCAAGGACAGCAAGAAAAAAGAGCUGAUCAAGAACCUGUCGGCGAUCUACGAGGCCGUGCAGCGGGAGCACCAGAUCAGCCCUGGCGACUUCCCCAACAUCGCCCGCAUGCAGGAGCGGCUGCUGCACGAGGACUUCAGCAAGUUCCAGCUGCUGAAGCCGCGGCUCAUCCAGAACGUGGACAAGAUGCUGGCCGAGGACAUCGCCCGACUCAUGGCCAUGAUCCCGCUGGAGGAGAAGCAGAACAUGGCGCCAAAAGACGGCGGCCAGCCGAACAGCGGCGCCGUCGUUUCAGGCGGCGCCUUCGACGGCGUGCGCAGCGUCGACACGCCGUUCGGCUUCAACAAGUGCGAGGGCGCCGACGCCGGCGCCGGCGAGACCGAGUGGGUGGUGGCGCGCGACCGGCCCAAGUACGACCCUAUCUUCUUUGGCAUGAACCCUGUGGACAACAAGGUCACCGGUGCAGCCGCCAAGGCCGAAAUGGUCAAGUCCAAGCUGCCCAACACCGUGCUGGGCAAGGUGUGGAAGCUAGCUGACCACGACAAGGACGGCAUGCUGGACGUGGAGGAGUUCGCGCUGGCCAUGCACCUGAUUAACAUCAAGCUGGACGGUCACGACCUGCCCGCGGAGCUGCCGUCUCACCUGGUGCCGCCGAGUCAGCGCGGAUUCUGAGCCGCAGGUGGCGCCGCCCCGCGGUCGCUCAGUGGCGUCAUCCUGCGGCAGUGUGAUAAACUCGCCGUCGGCGUAACAGGAAAUUGUGACGGGCGGGGCGCUGUGAGCGCGGCGCCUGGGCGCGCCGCUCGCGCAGGUCGGACGGUGGGUCUUUGACGCUGCACCGAUACUCGGUUGGUACUCUGGGUCUCCCACCAGCACGGGCGCUAUUUUUGUACAUGCUCGCCUCGUGCACACAUCGAUAUCCGCAUAUUGAUAUAUCCCAACUUUCUACGCAAACUAACCAGCGCUGCCGAGCAUCUGCCGCGAUCGUCUGCCUAACGUCGUCUCGAUCGAUCGAGUUUAUCGUCUGUCCGAAGUACGCUGCGACUAUGCCGCUGACUGCGCCGUCUCUCCGACGCUCUCUCGCGCGCUCUGUGGGUGCCUUGCCGCGUGCCAUUUCGCGGCCCGCCAGCUGGCCGCCCUGCGCGCCGGCUUCCCCGGGCGCCCCGCGCCGCUCGACCCCGUAGUAGGUGGCGUGCUGUUCGGAAGUGUUUUUGUUACGAGCCUUGGCUGCGUUUCUGCUGCGGCAACUGUAUGUGACACAGCGCACCGCAGGUACGGCGAUAGGCCGCGUCGUGCGUGAAGUCGCACGUGUUCACGAAAUUAUCCGUUAUUAUGAUGUGAGUAUCCCCUGUAUCUGCGGAGAUCGCUUAUUGUUACACGAUGCCACUGCGGCGUACAGCGGUUUCGACCCGGGUGUAUUCCAUAGUGUUAGUUUAUUUAUUUAUCCGUGGAGCGUCACAUUGGGAUAUACCAGACCUUAUUUGGACUGUUAGCAUGGGCACUCUCAGUGGGCAGGUCGCGACGUAGGCUUAGUCAUGCAAAUCGGUGGCGAGUAUGAAUACACCAAAACCACAUGCGAG